UAAGCCGGGCUGUCUCCAGAGGGACAGCGUUGAGUUUUGGAGCAGCCAGGCGGUCAGUGUGUGCAUCCCAGGACGCAACAUCAGUGUAGCUGGGGCUCAACUUUCAGCUGAUAGCGAAACUUCAGACAACCAAGGAAAACUUGGAAAAAUGGGUUGCUUUGAGUGCUGCAUCAAAUGUUUAGGUGGCGUGCCCUAUGCAUCUCUGGUGGCUACGAUCCUCUGCUUCUCUGGUGUCGCCCUAUUCUGUGGAUGUGGCCAUGUGGCCCUCACUGGCACUGUGACCAUCCUGGAAAACCACUUCUCCAAGGUCACCAGCGAUAAUGCCAUGCUCACUGACAUAAUACAGCUGAUGCAGUAUAUCAUCUACGGCAUUGCUUCAUUUUUCUUCCUCUAUGGGAUCAUUCUGCUUGCUGAGGGUUUCUAUACAACUAGCGCAGUCAAGGAACUGCACAGCGAGUUCAAGACCACCAUCUGUGGACGAUGCAUCAGUGGAAUGUUUGUGUUCCUCACAUACAUCCUGGGUGUGGCAUGGCUCGGUGUGUUUGGCUUUUCUGCUGUGCCCGUCUUCCUCUUCUACAACAUGUGGUCUACCUGUGCUGCCAUGAAGUCUCCAAUGGCUAACUUCACAAACAUUGACUCCAUCUGCGUGGAUGCCCGUCAGUAUGGAAUUAUCCCGUGGAAUGCCACACCAGGCAAGGCCUGUGGAUCAACGCUAGGUGACAUCUGCAACACCAGUGAGUUCUACCUGUCUUAUCACCUGUACAUCGUAGCGUGCGCCGGGGCAGGAGCCACUGUCAUCGCUCUGAUCCACUUCCUCAUGAUUCUCUCAGCAAACUGGGCCUACCUUAAGGAUGCCAGUCAUAUGCAUGCCUACCAAGACAUCAAAAUGAAGGAAGAGCGGGAGCUGCAGGACAUCACCUCACGCUCAAAGGAAUGCCUCAAUUCCUACACAUAAGGAUAUUUCAAGCUUACAGUCCACACGCACACAUACAUAAGCACAUAUACUUACAAUAACAGACACUGUGGCCAACCACUGUGGGCCCUCUGGACCAAGGCAACUCUCAGCUAAAAUAACAUGCCAACUGACACUGUGCAGUACUAACCAGGCUCCUAACAGACUAAUGCAUCAGUGUUGCUUUCUGGACUAAUUGUUUCACAACUGCUCUGUGAAGUUUCAUUCAUGCUAAUUUUUAUUUUUCAUUUUCUGUAGGGAAGAGUGAUCUGAGUUCUGAUGUUCGUGUGUUUUUAUAACCUUUGUUGUUUGUUGUUUUUUUGCUGGUGAAGCUUGUGACAUUGCACUAUUCCUACACAGCACACCACAGUGUUUCAGUCUUGCUCUAUCCUUCUUUAGUUUUCAGCUAAGGAAGAUGAAACAUUUUGGUUUUUGUUCUGUUUUGCAGAUGUAUUAUACAAAUGAACAGCCUUACAUCCAGUCUGAGUUGUGCGUCACACUAUACUGACCUUUUUAGGGAAAGUAAACUAUUGCACCAGAUUCUUUUAUAAAAUAGUUGGUAAUACAUGCACUAUAAAUCUAUAAUCCUUGAUGAUUAUGAAUUUACUUGCAUUUCCAUCUCAGUUGGUGAUUGUCUGAAUGUUGUUCAUUAGUUAUGGAUUUUUCUUGUACAGCUACUUAAGUCAUGGCCUACAUUACCUCUACCUCAGGUGAGCACUAGAGCCUAUGGACAAACAAUUCCCCAUUGCAAGGUGUAAAAGAAACCAAUUCCAGUUGUAAAAAGAUGUCUCAAAGACAUAGUAGAUAGGUUUGUGUAGCUACACCCCCACACAUGCACAACAGUUCAACUGAUUCCCAGUACUAUAGAUUUUGGAUAAUGCUACAAGAAAAACUUACUCUGACCUGUAUGUAUUCAUUUAGGCACAUAGGAGGAAAAAACAAAAACGUCAGUACUUGCCAAUGAAGAGUUGUGAUGGCUAAUAAUAUAGAAGUGAUUAUCUGCAACAUGUACAAUAUGAUCAAAAAUGACUAGAUUUAAAGGAAAUCCUAUUAAUAAGCGUAACUAUGUCCCAUGUGUUUGUUAUAAUUUGAAAACAGAACUGAAGAAGUUCAGUUAAAUUUAUUACAGGUCAAAAUUUUUCAUCUCUUCUUACCUUUUUUCAUAAUUUUCUAUAAUUGUAUAUUAAUGUGCAAUUUUCACAAUGUUAAAAUAACAACUUGUAAUCUUUAUUAGCUGAGUUACAGGGAUAAUUUGAGAUUUUACUUUGUUGUAUAAAGACGACCACUUCUGUGGUGACCUGUGAUGUACAGUUAUGUAUACUGGCUUCAGUAGUAGGCAGUGUUUGCCCAUUUCCUGUUUUUCUAACAGAAUAUAAAGCUAUGUAGCACAUUAGUUAGAUCUUUUUUUAGGUUCUUUUAAUCACUUGAGAAGUAUACUUUAUUGUUUUGUUGCCUGAUAGUAUGCCUGUAUUUUCUAUGAAUGUCAAGGGCUUCCUCAUGAUUAAAUGAUACUUAACUUUCCAACUGUCAAGUAACAAUUAGCCACAACAACAGUCCUUUAAACAGUUGUAUAAAAUUAUAAAUGGUAAAUUCAGCCAAAGUAUGAAUGCCAGUGUUAAACGGUAUCUGUUUGAUACAGUGGUACAGACCCUACAGUGCUUUGUGUAGGACUGGCAAUAGGUGUGCAGUGGUCGAGCGGAUAGAUGACAGAUGUACAUGAAGCUAAUGUACGUCACAUCUUGUCUUUGUAUGUUGUGUUUCCUGUUGAAUGAACCAAAAAAAGUAAAUACAAGGCUAUCUAUCAAUCACCAGGAGGACAGUAAUCGGUUAAAAGAAAAACAAACAAACAAACAAAAACCAUCCUGUCUGACUGGAAACCCCUUUAUGAAACAACUUCACCGGCCUGUUGACUGUUUUUAUGAAAAUAAAUAAAAAUGUUUUUUUUAAAAAAAAGUUC